CGGAAAGUGAAGGUGAUCCUACGAUUUCAAGUGCACACGUAAUGAAAAAUCAAACGAAUAUACAUUAGUAACAGAAAGUGAAAAUCUAAUGAAAUAAUAAGAGGUAUCAGAUCAGUUCAAAACCUGCCGUGUAAAAUCCAGAUAAAAAUCAUUGGUGUUAACUCAGUGAACAAUACGACCGAAAACGUUUCAUAUAUUUGUACAAUACGAAACAGCUGAAACGAUGACUGACUCAUACAAAAACUUGAAUGAUGAUGAUGAGGCAAAGAAACGUCCGGGAACAUCAGAAGGAAGGGAUGGCUUUUCGUAUGAAAUUGCAAUACUAACACUCGUGUUGCAUCGAGCAAAACAGAAAGAAAUAAAUUCAUUCCACAUGGCUUCCAACAUGGAUGGGGUUGGGGCCUUUGACGAUUUGGUAUUCAUCGAUUAUUCUGAACCACGUUGGGGCCUAUUUCUGCAAGCCAAACACAAGGGGAAAUCAAUUACCCAGGACGCGCUUUUGGAAAAAACAGGUGAUUUUAGCAUUUGUAAAUAUUUCGAUAGUUAUCAAACAAUUAAGAAAAUCAAAAAGUUUAGAGACAUAAAUGUGACUUGCGUUUUGUACAGCACCGGUGGUGUUGCUUACAAAAAUAUUGAAAUGAAAAACAACAUAAGUCAACCAUCGAUUCCUAUAAAUCGAGGAUACAGUUUAGAUGAUUUAAUCUCCAAAUUUGAAAUUGAAGGAAAUAAAGCCAAACCUGAAAAGUUUCAGUUAAGUAAUGACGUGAAUAGUAAGUACGUAAAUAGUUUAUUGCAAAUUACUGUUGAAAAUCUGGCAAACAAACUGAUAGAGCUGGCUUCGAACAAAACUGGCUCGCUAGCCGGAGAUUUGGUGGACUAUCAAUUUCUAUUAGCCAAAGAGGUGAUAGAUGUUAAUACAAGAAAAAUUAAACCCUCGUUUUUCGAGAAAAAAGUGGAAUUUUGGUCCGUAUUCAGGGAGACUAUGAGAAAAAAAGUAGCGAAAGAAUUACUUGCAAAUUUAGAACCUAUAGAAAAAAUUGCAAUACUUAAAGAAAUAACCAAAACGCCAACAAGUGAAUCCAUUAGUAAGGCAAUUGAACUUUUUAUCAAAUAUAUUCCAAAGAAAAAAAGGUUAGAAAUAAUAACAGGGUGGCAGAAGUGGCCCGAACAGUUUCAAAAGCAAGUUAAAGAAAUUGAAAGUUGUUUAGAAACUUUGGAAGUUGAAAAAGAAAUAAUUGACGAGGCAAUUAAGUUGGCCUGCAUGAAUCAAUUAAAAUCACUGGAGUUUAAAAAUUUUCCUGCAAGUUUUGGCAGGAUUGAUAGUGUUUCGUUACACGAUAACAAACAAUUAGAAGAAUUGGCAGCACAGUUUAGGAAAGCUUUCCGAAGCGAUAACAGUACUGAAGUACGGCUUUCUCAAUUGCAAAUCAAGUUAGAAAGACUUUUCGGGUUGGUUGGCAGUUUGCUGAUUUUUGACAGCGAAAGCAAAACUUUCAAAUUCAAUUAUGAUUCAGAGCUGUGGAAACCGUUUUCCACGAAUUUAAACCAAGCUAAAAGCAUUCGAUUCGUGAAUGAUGUUGCCGGUUUAACAUUGAUCAAUGCAAAUGAUAGAAAACUUGUGAACGAAUUUCUUGACAAUAUGUGGUUUUACGUUAAACAACCUAAAGUAAAUCAGUUAAAGGAUCUGUUGAAAUUAGAGAUAUCUAAAAACUGUUGCGGAGUCACUAAUCUUCGCUUGAGUUCAGAAGAUGAUACAAUUUUCCGCUACGUUUACAACCAGACUGAACUAUGGUGGACGAAUCCUGAGGGAGGAUGGUUAUCCAAUGAACACCAAUAUUUCGAAGAGGCAAUUUUAACUGUUUUGGAUGGCCUUUUUAACGAAAAACAUCAAAAGUUCAAAGCACUAGAAUUUAGAAGCGAUGUUGUUGAUGGUUUCAAAUUUGUAGAUUUGACGGGCGGAGCUGUUAACAUUGUGACAGAUCACCCUCUUAUUACCAGCUCUAAAUUAUCUCAUUAUUAUGGGAAGAAACAGGUUCACUACCUUAUCGACUGGGAAAUCGUAAAAUCUCCCGAGUGCGCCGAGAACUUGAAAAAGGUGAUUAAAAGUUAUGGUCUCAAUCCGGGCAACAAAUCCCCAAUAAUAAUAGUCGUUUCAAAUAACAAAGUUGAUUUUUCAUUGGAUUGCUCGUCAUUUAAAAACUGCAUUCUGAUAAGUCCGAAUAAAAUAAUAUCAUAUAUUUUUACUGAUACUUGCAAUGGUAUGACAGACCUGACGCGUGAUUCACAAGAACAAAUUUUAGCGAAAGAAACUAUAACCUUUCAAGGUGUGCCAAUUCGUUUGAAUGAUCUAAUAACCACUGAAAAGCUACGAGAGGCAAUUGAUGCAACAACGCUCUCCAAGUUACUUUUCGAGCAUAAAAUAAUUAAAAUAGGCAAAACACCAGGGUCUUUUACUGCCGAGGGUGUCGAGGAUUACUAUGUUCAACGCAUUUUGCAACGCCAUGGAACUUUUCUAAUGGAAACUCUGAGAGAUGGUUCGGAAUUUUUCAUCACUGAAUCAAGCAAUUUUGAAGAAAAGCAUUCCACACCAGAUUCAGAUGUUGUGAUAAUUUCUGAUAGUGAUGAAGCUUUUAAGACUCUAUGUAGUAAAUUCAACAAACGAAAUAUUCACUGGGUGAAAAAAACAAGUGGUAAAUUGCAAUGGCAGAAAUCGUGUGGCUCCUUGAGAAAGCUUCGCAACAUUGUUUCAAACUUUAUUCAAGAUUUUGAAGUAAAUUAUUUUAAGCCGCCCUCGGUAGAGCUGCUAGUAGCAGAACCUGGAAUGGGAAAAUCAACGAUUUUCUCCUUCAUAGCAAAUGAAACAAAACAGAAAAAUCCCACUUUCUGGGUAUCAAAUGUGUGCCUUCAUGAUCAUUCGGGAGUUUUUUCUAAAUGGUUACAAACUCGAAAUACUGAGAACCAAUCAGCUCAAGAAUUUUUGUUUGAUGCAUUAAAAAAGAAAAGGAAAGAAAACAAUUUGGAUGGGCCGGCUAUACUAGAAAGAGAAAUAUUCUAUCAUUUAUAUGAGACGAAACAGAUCAUUAUAUUUCUUGACGGGUACGAUGAAAUCAGUCCCAACUAUGAGAAACAAGUGUCAGCCUUGAUUAGUAUGUUGAAAAAACAGAACAUGAAAAGCUUGUGGAUUUCAACUCGGCCGAAUUUCAAGACUAAGUUAGAAGAAGAGUUGAACGUUUUUUCUUUAAAAUUGAAACCAUUUGAGGAAGAAGAUCAAAAAGAAUUUCUGAAAACGUACUGGAAAGUCAAUAUCAAAAACGAGUUGAGUGAAAAACGUUUGGUUGAAUUCUGUUCUAGAAUUUUAUCACAAUUUUCUCACACAAUUGGUGAUCAGCCAACACAAUUUUGUGGUAUUCCUCUACAGCUACGAAUGAUUGCUGAAAUAUUUACUGGAAAGUGUAAAAAAUGUUGUGAUUCAUCUUGUCGUGAAACAGUUGAAAAAAUGAUGGGCAAUAUCGAAACCACAAUGAGUUUGAUCGAUCUUUACGAUGAGUUCUUUAGAAUUAAAUUCGAAGUUGUACAAUACCAAGAAAAGAACCGCAUGGAUCUCGAGUCGAUAUACGUGAAGCAAAUAGUGAAAGAUCAAGCUCCUGGUGUAUUACAAACUCAUCGAAUAUUGGCAGUUUUUACAAUUUUACAUGAAGAAAUGCGAGAAAAGUUUCUCUCGCCGGACGAAAUCUUGCAAGGUAAUCAGUUAUUGGAAACGGUCUCUGACUCACGCGAAAAGACCGGAAUUGUUUAUCGAAUCGUAAAUGGUCAGCCUGUUUUUGUUCACCAAACCUUCGCUGAAUAUUUUUUCAUUGAUUGUUUUUGGCAAAAAUUGAUGACAGUUGAAUUUGAAUCGGAAGCCUUAGUUGAUGACUUAAUAUGUAAUGGUAGAGUUCAAGUUUGCCGCUUUUUACUGCAAAAAGUCCACAAAGAACGAACGGUUCACGAAAAUCCGUUGAAACCUGAAUCAUUGAUACGAUUCUGUAAGGCUGUUGUUCAAAUGCGUAUCUCGCAUCAUGAAUGCCCAGCGUUAUUGGAAAAAUAUGAACUACACAGUCAAAGCUCUGAUAUGAUGAUAUUACUUAAAGUUGUUGACUCAUCCAUUGUUUUAUUGAAAGAAAAAAACUGUGGCUCUAGUGCAAUUGUUUCUUAUCUUUUGCCUGAAGACCGGGAAAUUCUUUUCUGUGCUUCGAUAUCAAAUAAUUUAAUAAAUUUAGUUAAGUGUUUGAAGGAUGCUUUUUCGCCUUGGAACAUAAAUGAUACUUACAUAUGGGAUACUCUCAACAAUGAACAAUACAAGAAAAACGAUUUUAUGGAUGACUUUGACGAUUUCGAUCGUCUAACUGCUUUACAUGUUGCUGCGGAGAAAGGCUAUAUAGAACUGGUUGAACAUUUAAUCGAAGUUGGAGCGGAUGUUAAUGUCAUUUCAAAUGAUCGUUCAACACCGUUGCAAAUGGCUUUGGAUUACAGACAGAUGGAAAUAGUCGAACUGUUGGUUAAAAACGGGGCGAAUGUUGAUAUUCCCGAUUGGAACGGAGAAACUGCACUGAUGCUGUCAUUGCAAACGAAUCUAUAUGAUACAGCGGAAAAUUUGAUAGUUCAUAGUGACAAUAUUGAGAGUACAGAUUCACGAGGAUUAACAGCAUUUCAUUAUGCUGCAAGAGAGGGCCAUGCUGGAAUAUUCGCAAAACUGGUUGCAGCAAGUGCAAAUGUGGACGCUACUACUGAAAACGGGGAAACAGCAUUAAUGAUUGCUUCUAGUUUUGGGCAUAGUGAUGCGGUAGAUGCUUUACUAGAACGAACCAAUAAUAUUAAUACCGCAAACUCAAGAGGAUGGACGGCAUUACAUUAUGCUGCAAAACAAGGAAAAGUUGAAACAAUCAAAAAACUGUUGACAACAGGAGCAAAUGUGGACGCUAUUACUAAGAAUGGGAAAACCGCAUUAUUGGUUGCUUUCGAAUUUGGGCACAGUGAUGCGGUAGAUGCUUUAAUAGAACGAGAUAAAAAUAUCAAUGCCGCAGACUCAGAAGGAUGGACGGCAUUACAUUAUGUUGCAAAACAAGGAAAAGUUGAAACAAUCAAAAAACUGUUGACAACAGAAGCAAAUGUGGACGCUAUUACUAAGAAUGGGAAAACCGCAUUAUUGGUUGCUUCCGAAUUUGGGCACAGUGAUGCGGUAGAUGCUUUAAUAGAACGAGAUAAAAAUAUCAAUGCCGCAGACUCAGAAGGAUGGACGGCAUUACAUUAUGUUGCAAAACAAGGAAAAGUUGAAACAAUCAAAAAACUGUUGACAACAGAAGCAAAUGUGGACGCUAUUACUAAGAAUGGGAAAACUGCAUUAUUGGUUGCUUUCGAAUUUGGGCACAGUGAUGCGGUAGAUGCUUUAAUAGAACGAGAUAAAAAUAUCAAUGCCGCAGACUCAGAAGGAUGGACGGCAUUACAUUAUGUUGCAAAACAAGGAAAAGUUGAAACAAUCAAAAAACUGUUGACAACAGAAGCAAAUGUGGACGCUAUUACUAAGAAUGGGAAAACCGCAUUAUUGGUUGCUUUCGAAUUUGGGCACAGUGAUGCGGUAGAUGCUUUAAUAGAACGAGAUAAAAAUAUCAAUGCCGCAGACUCAGAAGGAUGGACGGCAUUACAUUAUGUUGCAAUACAAGGAAAAGUUGAAACAAUCAAAAAACUGUUGACAACAGGAGCAAAUGUGGACGCUACUACUAAGAACGGGGACACACCAUUAAUCGUAGCUGUCAAAUCUCGGUGUAGUGAUGCUUUGCUGAUAGAUGCUUUGUUAGAACGAGAUAAAAAUAUCAAUGCCACAAACUCAGAAGGAUGGACGGCAUUACAUUAUGCUGCAGAACAAGGAAAAGUUGAAACAAUCAAAAAACUGUUGACAACAGGAGCAAAUGUGGACGCUACUACUAAGAACGGGGACACACCAUUAAUCGUAGCUGUCAAAUCUCGGUGUAGUGAUGCUUUGCUGAUAGAUGCUUUGUUAGAACAAACCAAUAAUAUUGAUGCUGCGAACUCAGAAGGAUGGACGGCAUUACAUUAUGCUGCAGAUCAAGGAAAAGUUGAAACAAUCAAAAAACUGUUGACAACAGGAGCAAAUGUGGACGCUACUACUAAGAACGGGGACACACCAUUAAUCGUUGCUGCCAAAGCUCUGUAUAGUGAUGCUUUGCUGAUAGAUGCUUUGUUAGAACGAGAUAAAAAUAUCAAUGCCACAAACUCAGAAGGAUGGACGGCAUUACAUUAUGCUGCAGAUCAAGGAAAAUUUGAAACAAUCAAAAAACUGUUGACAACAGGAGCAAAUGUGGACGCUACUACUAAGAACGGGGACACACCAUUAAUCGUAGCUGUCAAAUCUUGGUGUAGAAAUGCUUUGCUGAUAGAUGCUUUGUUAGAACAAACCAAUAAUAUUGAUGCUGCGAACUCAGAAGGAUGGACGGCAUUACAUUAUGCUGCUAAAGAAGGAAAAAUUGAAACUAUUAAAACACUGUUGACAGCUGGCGCAAAUGUGGACGCUACUACUGAGGACGGUGACACAGCAUUAAUGAUUGCUUCCGAAUUUGGGCGUAUUAACGUGGUACAUACUUUACUAGAACGAGAUGAAAAUAUUAAUGCCACAAACUCAAAAGGAUGGACGGCAUUACAUUAUGCUGCAGAACAAGGAAGAGUUAGAACAAUCCAAAAAUUGUUGACAACAGGAGCAAAUGUGGACGCUACGGCUAAUAACGGGGACACACCAUUAAUCGUUGCUGCCAAAUCUUGGUGUAGUGCUUCUUUGCCGAUAGAUGCUUUGUUAGAACGAACCAAUAAUGUUAAUGCUGCAAACUCAGAAGGAUGGACGGCAUUACAUUAUACUGCAAAAGCAGGAAAUGUUAAAACAAUCAAAAAACUGUUGACAACAAGAGCAAAUGUGGACGCUGUUACUGAGAAUGGGGACACAGCAUUAAUGGUUGCUACCAAAUUUGGGCGUAGUAACGUGAUACAUACUUUACUAGCACGAGAUAAAAAUAUAAAUGCUGCAAACUCAGAAGGAUGGACGGCAUUACAUUAUGCCGCAAAAGCAGGAAAUGUUAAAACAGUCAGAAAACUGUUGACAGCAGGAGCAAAUGUGGACGCUACUACUGAGAACGGUGACACAGCAUUAAUGAUUGCUUCCGAAUUUGGGCGUAGUAACGUGGUACAUACUUUACUAGAACGAGAUGAAAAUAUUAAUGCCACAAACUCAAAAGGAUGGACGGCAUUACAUUAUGCUGCAGAACAAGGAAAAGUUAAAACAAUCCAAAAAUUGUUGACAACAGGAGCGAAUGUGGACGCUACGACUAAUAACGGGGACACACCAUUAAUCGUUGCUGCCAAAUCUUGGUGUAGUGCUUCUUUGCUGAUAGAUGCUUUGUUAGAACGAACCAAUAAUAUUAAUGCUGCAAACUCAGAAGGAUGGACGGCAUUACAUUAUGCUGCAAAAGCAGGAAAUGUUAAAACAAUCAAAAAACUGUUGACAACAAGAGCAAAUGUGGACGCUGUUACUGAGAACGGGGACACAGCAUUAAUGGUUGCUUCCAAAUUUGGGCGUAGUAACGUGAUACAUACUUUACUAGCACGAGACAAAAAUAUAAAUGCUGCAAACUCAGAAGGAUGGACGGCAUUACAUUAUGCCGCAAAAGCAGGAAAUGUUAAAACAGAAAACUGUAACAAUCAAAACACAGUUGACAACGAGGCAAAUGUGGACGCUACUACUAAUAACGGGGGCACACUAUCAAUCUUUGCUACCAAAGCUUGGUAUAGUAAUGCUUUGCUGAUAGAUGCUUUGUUAGAACGAACCAAUAAUAUUAAUGCCGCAAACUCAGAAGGAUGGACGGCAUUACAUUAUGCUGCAAAAGCAGGAAAUGUUAAAACAAUCAAAAAACUGUUGACAAGAGGAGCAAAUGUGGACGCUGCUACUGAGAAUGGGGUCACAGCAUUAAUGGUUGCUUCCGAAUUUUUGCAACCUGACGUGGUACAGACUUUACUAGAACGAGAUAAUAAUAUUAAUGACGCAAACUCAAGAGGAUGCACAGCAUUUCAUUAUGCUGCAAAAGCUGGAUAUGUUGAAAUAAUCGAACCACUGUUAACAGCAGCAGCGAAUGUUAAUGCUACUACUGAGAGCGGAGCAACAGCUUACGAGAUUGCCUCAAGAAGUAAUCAUUCUGAAGUUGCACGAUUACUGCUAACAAGAGCAUCUCUUUUCAACACUGCAGACUCAAACAACUGAAUUGCCAAAAUAGUUCCAAAGAUAAGGAGCCUUCCCACUCUGGAUAUCCUCGCUUCUGUGUUGGAUAUAUUCAAAAGCUAAGCUUUGAAUCGAAAAAUCUUUAUUCGAACUCAAAUCACAACAGUAUGAAAUUUAAAUUGGGUCCCUGUUUCACUCAUCGAUGGAUUCCAACAGUAUUGAUCAAUAUCUCAUAAGAACAUGAGCGGAACAGAAUCCGAACACAGCUUAUUGGAGUCUAGCAAUUUGAAAAUGUUAUUAGAUUAACUUUUUAAAACUCCUCGAAAAAAAAUUAUUGCACGUCUCUAUCGAAAAUAUAUAUAAUAUAUGGGUCAUUCCAUGUCAAGUGAUCAGGCAAAUGCAACGACCCUCUCCGAUUCGCUUCAAAUGAAUAAAAUAACUUGUUUUAGGUCGAAACUGAAAUAUUCAGAGUUUUGGGUCAAUCGGACAAAUGUUUUGGAAAAACAUUAUAUCUCAGACACCGUAAGAGCUACAGAUAAUCUAAGACACUUUAUUUAAAGGUUUUUAAAUUUACAAUCGAAUGGCAUCAUAAGAUUUUGCAAACAGUGUUGCCAAUGUUGGUAUUUUCACGUUUAAAAACUAAAACUUCGUUUAUCUCAAAACACCCCCAAUUUUUUUUUUAAAUCUGAUGUCACCAAUGUGUUUAACGGAAAAUUUUACAUAAGAAUCACCUAUCCACAAAAUGCAAUAUGUGCCGUUGUGAAGAUAUUCAACUUUUAAGAUAACGAGUUCGUUAAAUUCACACAACAAAUGUGACCAAAUGUUGAAACGCACUCGAAACAAAAUCACUAUUUCACAUCUCAAGUGUGGGUUUCUCAUGACCUUUUUUAUGGUUUAUUCCUGUGUUUUCAUAACGUGGUUUCUGUCAAAACAUACGCAGGUUGAUUUGAGUUUUCACGACAGUGAAAAAAAUUGUGUUUAAUAGGUUGGAGUUUAAAUAGUAAGUGUACAGCUGAAAAUCACAAUCGAUCGCACUUAACAUCACGAGAAUGGCUAUUGUUCAAAGUUUGGUGUUCAACGUUUGCAAACUAUAUGUGGAAGCCAUGAAAAACAGUUUGGCCAAUAUUUCGCAGCUAAACAGAAACAAUGCUGCAAUCCGCUGAAUUGCCAUGGCGGUGCUCGUAAGAAAAAUUUAAAAAUCAAUUCGUCAUGUUUUCAUGACAGGUUUCAUGAAAACAAUCAGGAAAUAGUAGAAGGUCGAAAAACAUGCAUCCAAUGUGAUGCAGCACUGAGAGCGGAGGUUGUAAGGAUUAAUUCGCAAGAUAGAAUAAUGGAUCAAGAAAUAGGGGUAGCAAUCGGUGAAAAUAGUAUACCUCGGCACAAGUAAUGUUACAAGCAUUAUAGUUAGCAUUCAUUAUUUCCUUGUUAUAGACACUGGUGAGUUGGAUCAUUAAGCUGAGAAUUGAAAACUCCGCAUGAGCUGAGUAAAAGGAUUUUCACACUAUAUUUUUUACAACAUGAAAAUGUUGGAAAUGAAGUGAUUAGCUCACUUCUGCGAUGUUAUUAUUGUUUUGUUUUAUUUGAAAUUGUUUUGAACCUGUUUUAAUCGUUUUUUUUUUGCAUAGUAAAGACACAGCUGUUUGCCUUAACACGGUUUUGUAAUCUCCUGUUAGUGAGUCGAAGGUCAAACGAUCGAAUAAAUACAGUGGAGAAAAACUGCUCAAGGCAUCCAAAGCUUUAAAAAAUCUUUUGAGGCUGUUUCAAGUCAGCAAAAUGAAGGUUUAGAAAGUACUGGAGAGGAAAUGGUUCGACAACUCAAAGAAAAAUUUCAAAUUUGUAAUAAAACGAGCUAUGAAAUCCGCCAGUUGUUAGUGCUGCCAGGUUCGAUUCAGUUAAAUCUGUUCCAGGGAUCCAAGAAAUUCAUUCGGCGACACCUUAAGCUGACGUCACCAUUGUCAAGCUCUGAUCGGGUAUCUAUUUCAAUUCAACUCCAAAAGUUGAACAAAGGCGUCACGUACUACAAAAAUCAAACGUUAAUUUCUGAUAAACCUGUUAAGUAAUUAAAAUUAGUGAAACGCACGUUGUACUUUAAUGGCUGUUAAUUCAGGUUCCAUCAAGUAGAAUAUGAGAAACCAGUUUUUUAAAAUUUGGAGCGGUGAUUUAGUUUGGGAUGCGUUUUAAUAAGGCUUAUCGCAUUUGUAGGCGUAUUGUUGGAAUUUAACGAACUCGUUAUUUUAAAAGUUAAAUAUCUCCGCAACGGCGCAUAUUGCAUUUUGUGGAUAGGUGAUUCUUAUGUAAAAUUUUCUGCUGAACACAUUGGUGACAUCAAAUUUAAAAAAAUUUGGGGGUGUUUUGAGAUAAACAAAGUUUAAGUUUUUAAACGUGGAAAUAUCAAUAUUUGCAACACUGUUUGUAAAUUCUGAUGAUGCCAUUCAAUUGUAAAUUUAAUAACAUUUAAAAAGAGUGUCUAAUAUUGUCUGUUGCUCUUACGGCCUCUGAGAUAUGAUGUUUUUCCAAAACAUGGAAAAUGAUUUUUUGUCAAAAAAUAAAAAAAUGGAGGGCCCCGCAAUUGGAGGGGGGUUGUCCGAUUGACCCAAAACUCUGGAUUUUUCAGUUUCGACUUAAAAAAAGUCAUUUUAUUCAUUUUGAAGCGAAUCGGAGAGGGUCGUUGCAUUUGCCUGAUCACUUGACAUGGAAUGACCCAUAUAUUGAUUAAACUUUGCACCAUUUCGAUUAGCAUGGGUCAUAUCUACAAACAUUACUAAUCUGAACAGUUCCAUAAAAAAUGUCCAAGUUAAAUUUUUUUUCUUUAAUUGUCAUUUUUGAUUUGACGGAAAUUUUGAAUAGACGUUUCUAUGGGCAAAAAAUGCCAUGUUAUGCUAUUAGUUUAAUUUAUUGCCGACUUUUUUAAUGCUUUCAAUCUUAUCUGAGUUUGGUUGAACACCCCGGUUUGCGACUAUGUGGCCCAAAAGUCGAGCUGCAAUUUGAGAUCAACUUUUUCUAAAGCUUUUAGAUUUUGUUUUGUCUAAAUUGAAUGUUAUUUAGUUCCGGCAAGAGGAAAAGCCAAGAAGGAAUCAUUUUUACAAUCAUCAGGUUUCAAUCUAACCCUUUGUAAAACAGGUGUACAGUUUCCUAAUGAUUGAUUUACAAAUUCUUAUUUUUCCCCUAAAUAUCUGAUAUCUGUACAUACAGAUUACAGGUUUUUGCAAAAACAUACAGAUUCUUACGAAUUUUUUACUAAACUUACAGAUUUUUGUAUUGGAAAUCUGUGAAAGAUUUUUCGAAAUUCAAAAUCGGGUUGAAAUGUGGCAUAUCUGAUCACAGGCACCAACAGAGUCGUCCAAAGGCAAAGAAAAUAACACUGCUUCGGCCUAUCCCUUGUGCCAUCCAAAUCAAACGAAAAACUUACAAGCAAAAUGUCACCAACACUACUGCUUAUCUUUUGAUUCCCGUCUCUUUUCUGAACUAUUGUGUAAGUGCAAGAAGCGUCACACGGGAGAGCAACGGUCAUCCUGCACUCGCGCUUCUCUUGCUUUUCUAUUGCGCUCACAGACACAAAUUUAUGGCAAGCGCUCGCCCGUCGCCACGGAAAAACUGGCUUCUCCCAUGCACUAUCACGGAUUUUAACAUUGGCGUCACAUUCACCGGUAGUAUGAAACCGCCCAAUUUCGUAUAACCCUUUUCUCCACCUUUUGCACUUAAUGAAACUGCGAUUAUGCGCCGGGAAGAAUAGACAAAUAAAAUGCGAUUGACAUUAUGGCACUGUUUUAACCGUAGGCACGACUUUGCUGCAACUCUCAAACAUCGAACUCUCUAACAGCCAACACAAAUUGAAUGUCGUUGUCCUUUAGGCCGCAGUCGCGGAUGCAUCACGAAACAGACUCAUAAUCUGCGAAGGCACACCGAGGAAACAGUUUUUGGCAUGCAUAUUUCAGCAUUGUAGAUAUAAUAAAACAUUUGAUCUUUUCAAAACAAACAAAAUUAACAAAAAAUAAGUGUUCCUCGAUACAGAUUUUUUUAACAGUUCAAGAUGUUUGUUUUGCAGAUUAUAUGAUUCUGUAAUAAGUGCUUCAAUGAAUGCCUAGAGGGUUUUGAUGUAAAAUUUCAAAUAUGUUGGUUUUUAGCCAAUAUGAAACAGGAACUUUUUAGCUUUGUAACGUAACGGAAAACGGACAGUUUUUUACUUCAUGGGAAUCCCUUACUUUUAUUCAAACUAAUAUUUCGUCUCUUUAUACUCAAAAAUUACUUUAAUUUGACACUAGAAGAUCUAAGCUAGGUCGAAUGCAACUUGAGUUGCGAGCGGGUUAAAUUUGCGUUGUAACGUCGCGAGAUUGAUUGUUGAUCUCUCCAUAAAAUAUGCAGUUAUGUCUGAUAACAUACCUAAUGCGUAGUUUACGUCACGUCAAUUUGGUGAAAUGGGUUAGUGUUUUAUAUCAUUUGACUCAUUCAUGAGUCAUUCAUGAGUGAUGUUACAAUCUGAAAAAUGUCAACAUCAUGAUAUUUAAUUGAUCACGGGUUAUCCGCAAGUUUUUACGCGGUUUGAAAAACAACCUUUGCACAAAUUAGAUUUUCCUGUUCAACCGCCUGGUCUAGCUCGAUUUCUGAUGUCAAUUAGAAACUUUUUUCAGGUGCUGUAUAUACGAUAAUAUUUCGAAAUGUUGAGAUUUCGAAACAUAUUUUACAAUGACCAUCAUUAGGAGUUAUGCGAAAAUUAUUUUAAUGAGUACGUUUAAAUACCUAGGUAACUUUUCGACUAAAUGUUACGGGACCGGAAAAAGCUGAAAGCGGCAUUUUUGUGUUAUAAUUAUAAUUUUUAAAAGGUAUCUUAAAUGUAUUGGCAUCCAAAACACAUUUGUAAACUUAUUUCUAACAUACAUGUUGUUGGAUAACUUGCUAAUUUAUUCAGUCAUUCUGAAAAAAAUUAAAGAAAAAUUAAUUUAGUAUGUUUUAGUAUGUUGUCAUAUGAGACAAUUCUGAGAUUAUUAUUAACAAAUACGUCACUUAUGAAAAGAGCUAUUCUAAUUGUAACUCACAUUCCUUCACUGAAGAUCCUUAGAUUUGAGUUUUGUCCUGCAUUCUAAAACAUUUAACAUUGAACGUAAUUUGUAACGUAGUUUAUGGACAACCCAUCAGCCAAGUGCAUAAAGUAGAAGUAGAAAUACAUAGAACUAGUUUUCAAACUGUUUCUUAUGAAAAUGUAGAAGUAAUAUGCGAUAAAUAUUGGAUAUCGAUUGAUUCAUAUUUUCGAGACGUUACAACAGAGCGAAAAUACCCCUUGCUGAAAAAUAAGCGUUGUAACGUUACGAAAAAUGAAAGCUAAUCAAAAAAAGUUGUUACCAGUCAUAGGCACUCUAAACACGGUAAAAUGUUCGAUUGUUAUUUGUUGUCAAAUCAUAAGAUUCCAAACAGAGCAAAGUUUUUUGCCUUACGGAGAAAAGGCCCGACAGCUCAAUUUCUCGCGCGUUGUAACGUUACGCUAUAUAAUCACUCCCCAAGGUAGUUUGAACAAAGUAAACAAAUGUCUUAUAGAUCAUUUCUCUAAGACUCUGAUUACAGCGUGAUAUAUUGUUGCGUGACUUAGAGCGCGCUCCGUACAUUCUCAAAGUAUACGGAAUAGAAACCCAUAACAGUCCCAUGUAAUUCUUCUCCACUUUUGAGAAAAACCCUCAGAAACUUCUCCACAUUACGUGUACUCUCGAGCAACCAUAAAAAAGCUAUGUUUGUUGUUGAAAUGAUGAAAAAAUAUUUUUCAUUUUUAUUAUUUUGAUUGCAUCGAUAGGAAUGCGUUUUACUCAGCUGUACGUUUUCGGUAGUGUGACUCUUUUGCGUUUAUGGGCAUUAAAUUUGGAGGGUGUUGAGGGAUAAUUUCUAUAAAAAUUAAACUGUGAUUAAAAUCUACUGCAGAUACGCAGUAGUAGUGUGAUAUUCAUCACAACUCGAUAAUACUAUGCAUAAAACUUCAGAAAAUUGGUGUUCAAAAUCCGUUCAGUGGCAGCAAGCAUUUGUAAGCAUUUGAAAAUGACGGUUAUAAGCAUGGGCCAAACCGUUAUUUCUAGAUUUUAAAUUUAAUGCCUUGUUAGUGUAUGAAAACUGUAUGAAAUUUCACUGGAAAUAUUAAAAAAUUUGAGUCAAUUGAGCUCAAACUUAGCUUCUGCCAUUGCCAUGAUCACACGAUGAAAAAAUCCGGUUAAUAUUUGUCAGUCGAGCUGUAGAAUUCUGGCCAUUUUAUUUGUUAUUAUUUACAAUAGGAAUUUUGUGCUGAAGUACGAAAAGAAGGAAAAGUGAAAAACCAAGUAUAUGGUAGCCAUUCGAAAAAUGCAGCACAUUAGGUUAAUGUAGAACUUGACCAAUUAUAGGAUCGAUAAGGUUAAGUUCAUAGCCCUUACCCGUAGCCAAAAUCAUUCAAGAAGAAAUAAAUAAUGUAGAGGUAGCCAUUCUUGCAAAAAAUAAAUAGCAUCGACUGUUGAAAUAACUAAUCAAAUAGCUUGCAUGCAAUGAAAAAUAAGUGUAAUAAAGGUUAGAUAUUAAAAUAAAACUCAUUUGUG